GUGUUCAUGCCGGAAUAAGAGGAGUGCGAUCGCUUUUCUAUGAGUACCGUGGAGGGAAUUGGUUGACGGCUCACGUUAAUGCACGUGUUUGUUCGAGUGUCAUAUGACGACCAGGGGCUUUUUUUGUCAGAGAAACAGUCUUUAAAUGGGAUUUCGAGUCAAGACAUAGUUUACGAGAUACCCACCUGAAUAAGCUAACUAAUUGCUUAGAGGGGCAGAAUUCUCUGUAAAAAAGGUGAGAAGCUUGACAUCUGAAGCGGUGAUACGGAUAGUGCUGAAUGACAGGCACGGAAAUUCAGUUUAAAGACACUGGACUGUAAACACGGUACAUAUUUUAUUUUCGAUACGCAGAGUGGAAGUCCAUAAAGUGUCCAUCUGCAGCAUGACUGUUGGAUGCCGAGCACCGUCCAGUGACAGCAGGGGGCUGAGGUUGGCACUGUGUCUUUGGAUGCUGAGUUUUCAUUUCGUCUAUGCCAACAAUGAAAAAACUUUCUCAGCCCUGACUGUGGUGGAGGGCUCUGAGCCUAACGAGGGGGAUGGGGAGGCCCAUGUAGAUGACGAAGUGGACCCUGAAGAUCUAGAAGUAUUCCAACCCACAAACCAGUGGCAGACACUCAGGCCAGGCCAGGCAGUACCUGCAGGCUCCCACGUGAGGCUGAACCUUCAGACAGGACAGAGGGAGGUUAAACUGGGUGAAGAAGGAACACUCAGGUACUGGAGUGAUGGCAAGAGGCAGGGCAUGGUGAAUACACAGGCCACAUCGUUCACUGCUCAGGAGCUGAAGAAGGCCCUGAAGAAGUUCAAGGAGGAAGGAGUGGAGCCCUCAGACAAGGACCAAGAGAAGAGGGAGGCGGAGUUGAGGGCACAGUACCGCCCAAUAGAGGAGCUGAAGAAGGACAUGGCACAGCUGGAUAUGCUAGUGGAGACAGACUUCCAGGUGAUGACCAGAUUGAUCGCCAAGUUCAACCACUCCAGCGCCACAGUGGAGGAGAGGGUUGCUGCUUUACUUGAUCUGGAAUACCUUGUGCACCAGGUGGACAAUGCGCAGGACCUGGUGUCUAUGGGAGGACUCAAACUGGUUAUCGAUACUUUGAACAGCACAGACCCACGUCUGCAGGAGAGUGCUGCGUUUGUCUUGGGUUCUGCUGUCUCCAGUAACCCACGGGUGCAGGUGGAGGCAGUGGAGGGUGGUGCCCUGCAGAAACUGCUGACCCUGCUGGCCACGGAGAGGCCCAUGAGCGUUAAGAAGAAGCUGCUGUUUGCCGUGGGCUCCCUGCUGCGUCACUUCCCCUUCGCCCAGGGCCACUUCCUGAAGCUGGGUGGCGUGCAGGUGCUGGGGGAUCUGUUCCGAGCGGCGGGGGGCGGGCCGCUGCGUGUGAGAGUUGUCACCCUGCUUUAUGACAUGAUCAUUGAGAAGGAGCUGAUUUCUCAGGCUGGCUUGGACCCCAUCCCGGACGCCUCCCACCAGGAACGGCUGCGUCAGUACGCCCAGAUCUCCCUGCUGCCCCUGCUGGCGGAACAGGGCUGGUGCGGCCUGGUGCCCGAGCUGCUGGCCUCUCCGGAGCACGACUGGCGGGAGAAGGCGCUGCGCACCCUGCUGGCCAUGAUGCCCAACUGCCAGGCCGUGUACCGGCAGGACCAGGCCCUGACCCACUCGCUCAGCGCCCUGCAGCAGCAGUACCAGGAGCUGGCGCUCAGCGAGCGGGGCCUGGGGGAGGACGACGGCUACUUCGGGGAGAUCCUGGGUCUGCUGGACACAGUGCUGCUGAAAGUGCGGUAGGGGUGGGGCUGCGAGUUGGGCAUGUGUGCCAGCAAAGGACAAUAAAGACUACAAUGCCGAAAACAGGUUUGUGUGCCUGUCCCUGGGCUCUGUGCUGGAAAAUGACUCCUUAGAUGUCCCGCCUCCGAUACCUGUCGCUCGGCACCUGUGUGGCUGCAUCAUCGCUAAAGGGGACAAGCCAGCAUGACCUCUGACUUAUCCAUCAGAUGUUCUCGUCCCAGCUGCAAAGUACUAUUUAUUUCAAAAAGUGCUGUUGUACGCUCAGAUGGGCAUAAUUCUGUGAUUGGUAAGAGACCGCUACAAUAUAAUUUAAGGGCUGCUUCUGCUAUUUAUGAGUGAAUCACCAAUGUCAUGUCACAAAUGUAAUAUUGUCUAAAAGUGUGAGAAAGGUUAUGAUCGGUCAGAUAUGAUAUGAUGAGGUGCUUAGAAAAGAAAAACUAAGAAGUGCUCUUGAUAAAGCAAACCCAGUUGUGGCUUAAUUGUAGUUCUGAAUGUAUUAUUGUCUAUUUUAAUGGGUCCCCGGCCCCAUUCAGGGGACAAGCUGUUUUGUGAGUUAUUGACAAGACACUUUCCACCAGUCAUUUGACCCCCUUUGUUGUCAUCAGUGGUGCAGCUCAUUGUAAGGAACAAUCAAAACUGUUGACCUGUACACUGCAACCUGCGUGGCACCUUUAUGGACCCCGGGCAUAUUAAAGAGGGAGGAUGCACACAGCAUUGGAUGCUGAAUUACUUUAUUGCUUCGGUCUACUGAUUGUCUUUGAGGCUACUGUCCUUCUUGGCUCUUCCUUAUGGACUCCUCAGAAUAGAGGGGGGUGCAGGAUGGGCUGGCUUACAUAGCCUCACACUCCCCACUGUGCUUGACGAGGACCUUGGUGUCUCUGCUCCUGUGGAAGAAACAUACCUUGGUGUGAGAGGCAUUCAAAAUGUCUCCUCUAAGACAAGAAGGGUGUAUAAAAUGUGCAGAGAAAAUGAGCACCUUUUGAAUCAACCCCUUGUUUUAAAGCCACCUAAAAACUAACUCAGUUUGAGCAUCAAUAAAGUGAAUACAGAA